CUGAGAAAGGAUGGCUUCCUCAGAGCUUACAGUUCGAGCUGUAUGUACAGGACUUGGUGUGGGAUGUCUUCUCUGCUUCACCAACCUCUAUUUUGGGCUUCAAACAGGUGAGAUCGUCCUGGCUACAUUGAAUCUAUAUUCACUGUGUCCACUAUAUUGUGAUAGGAUGGAUCAGUAUGUAAGGACUGUUCAGACUAAAGGCAACACGUCCCUUCUCUAACCUUAUGGGUUAAUGUAUGGCGGCAGGAUGUCCCUACAGGCAGCUCUCCUUGGCUAUCUGAUUUCCCUUCUCAUGUUUCGGACGCCUAUGACACCCCAAGAGCACGUAAUCUUACAAACCACUGCUGUGGCCACGGGAACCAUGCCACUUGCUGCAGGGUUCGUCGGCAUAAUCCCGGCAUUGUCGCUCCUCACUCGGUCUCAAGAUGGUGUCGACCCC